UCUCAUUGUCAAGAAUUCACAUGGGCAGGAAAAGAGUUAGAGUGCAGAGUGUGUGUCUUGGCCGUGCUCCUGCUUGUUCUCGAAUAUGUUCCUUAUUUUUUCGAACCAAACCCACCUCUGGUUCCAUUAUUGGUAAUCAGAAAACCGAGUUUUCGAGCAAUAGCAGGGAUGACUUUAGCCACGAUGACCCUGCAGAAGGGUUUAAAGCUGGAUCGGAGAUUGGCAACAAGAUAAUGGUAGUUGUUGAUUCCAGCCUUGAAGCUAAGGGGGCUCUUGAAUGGGCACUCUCUAACACAAUUCAAACCCAAGAUACCAUUAUUCUUCUUCACGUAGCCAAGCCCUCCAGACAAGGGUCUAAUGGGAAGGGUAACCUAAGGGCGUAUGAAUUUCUUCACUCCAUGAAAAAAACGUGUCAAACGAGAAGGCCUGGGGUGAAAGUUGAGAUAGCUUUGCUUGAAGGAAAGGAAAAGGGUCCAAUAAUAGUGGAAGAAGCAAAGCAACAGAGAGUGUCACUAUUAGUCAUUGGACAAAGAAAGAAAUCAUCUAUAUUAUGGUGCCUAGUGAAGAGAUGGGCAGGAAAGAGGGAUCACAGCAGCGAAGUUGUGGAAUACUGUAUUCAAAAUGCUUCAUGCAUGGCAAUUGCAGUGAGGAGGAAGAGCAAGAAGCUUGGAGGGUUUUUGAUUACAACUAAGCGACAUAAGAAUUUUUGGCUUUUAGCUUAAUAUAUAAUUGUUGAUAAUGUGUGAGAUAAUUUGGCUGUGGAACGUCUGAGAAUUGGCAUAUAUAUAUAUAUGAUAUAUGCUAGCUCUGCU